GUCCCUUAAUCCCUAGACUAGGGGAGUUCAGGUUUGAUACAUAGCUUUCUGUUCUCCUGCAGAUAUCCUUUUUCAUCCUCAAUUGUUUGGUUCACUGUUACUUAACACCAUCAUUCAUUCAUUGCACAAAUCAUACCAUCCUACGUUGAUGGACUAGACGGUUGGAAUUCGAGAGUGGGCUUCCUUGUCUGCUUGUCUGCUCAUAUUGAUAGUCUCUGAUUCUCUCUUUGACUCCCUCCCCCUCUUCUUUCUCCUCCAUUGAAUAGAUAUUCUGCGUCUUUUAAAACCCAAAAAUGUCCGACUUCAGAAAGCAGCUCCAAACAGGCUGCUACGCCCUCAUCGAAGGCCAUGGCACCGCAUACGGCUACCAACCCUCGCUAGCAGCAGGCAUCGUGUUCCUCGCGCUCUUCGGGCUCUCACUGCUUGCCCACACGGUGCAAAUGACGUGGACGCGGACUUGGUGGUGUGCUGUUUUUUCUGUGGGGUGUCUUACGGAAAUCCUCGGCUGGGUAGGACGCACCUGGUCAGCGCAAUGUCCAUACAACAUGAACGCAUUCCUCAUGCAGAUUUCCACUCUCAUUAUCGCCCCCACAUUCUUCACAGCCGGAAUCUACAUCCUCCUCGGCCAAUUCAUCCACCUCCUCGGCCGGCAAUCCUCCAUCCUCUCACCCAGCCUCUACCUCUGGAUCUUCUGCACCUGCGACGUCAUCUCGCUCAUCGUCCAAGCAAUCGGCGGCGGCAUGGCCUCCGCCGAAACCGGCAAACCCAACGGCAACACCGACCCGGGCACACACAUAAUGGUCGCGGGGAUCGUCUUCCAAAUGUUCUCCAUAACAGUUUUCGUCGCCUGCGCCGCCGAUUUCGUCCGCCGCUGUCUGCGAUACAGGCUGCUGAAGACUGUGUCAGGGAGUCUCGUGCCGCUGUUCGCGGCGAUGAUCUUUUCCGUGCUGUGCAUCUACACGAGGAGUAUAUACCGCACGAUUGAGCUGUCGGAGGGGUGGAGUGGGUAUUUGAUUACCAAUGAGAGGUACUUUGUGGCGCUUGAUGGGGCGAUGAUGGUUGCCGCUGUUGUGGUGUUCAAUGUUUUUCAUCCGGGGAUGUUGAUGCCGAGGGGGAAGGGGAGUGAGGGUGAGAUGAGGAGUGGGGAAUCGAGUUCUUGUGGGUUGAAUGGGGUGGGGAUGGAUCAAUAUUGA